CUUUCAAUGUUUUGCUGAUGUAUACUGUGUAAGCGAUUAAUUAAACUGCUAAUAUGGCGAAGGCAAAGCCGAAAGCCGCCGCCGGGAAGAGCCGGCUGGCGGUCCUGGCAGCUCAAAUGAAGGCGCAGCCCAAAAAGCCCAACCCGUUUGAGUUAAAGGGUACAAAAGGACACUUUGAUACGAUGGGCAGGCGGUUGAGUGGCAAGAAGCAGAACGUAAUUAAGGCUCGCCAAGAAGCCGUCAACCGGAGAAAAAAGACGUUGCUGGUGGAGUACCGACAGCUCCGGAAAGCUAACACCUUCGUCGACAGGCGCUUCGGCGAGUCGGACCCCGAGCUCACCGAGUCCGACAAGGGCCUAGCCCGGCUGCGGGCGCAGCGCAUGAAGGAUGAGCGCACCAAGAAGAAACGCGGCUCCAAGUUCACUCUGAGCGAGGGCGGUGAGGGCGGCGAGGAGGGCGGGCUGACCCACAUGGGCAGGUCGCUGGCGGACGACCUGCGGGACUUUAUGGACCGGCCCGAGUUUGACGACAUGGACGAGGAGCUGGUGUCGGAGCUUGUGUCGCAGUACCACUUUGGCGGGG